AUGGGCUCAAUGCUUACCUUCAUUCUUGUUGGCAGCGCGGGCGUCACGGACUCGGCAUUGACGAACCAUGGGAUGCUUCAAGUCGAGAAGCUAGCGGGAUACCUUAGCCAGCAGGGUGUGUGUUUCACUCGCGUCUUCUGCUCUCCCUUGCAACGUGCUCGGGCUACAGCUGAUGCAUUGAAAAGCACUCAUGGCGAUACGAUGGGAAAACCGUUCGUCAUUCCUUGUCUUCGCGAGAAGGACUAUGGGUCGCUCGAAGGCAAGUCGUGGGUGUCCCCCAACGUCAAUGUCAAGGAGAAGCAUGACGGCUUUGCCCCUGCAGAGACUUUCGAUGAAUUAUUUUCAAGAGCAAAGGAGUUUGUUAAGGACUUCUUGUUGCCUCUUCUACGUGAUGGCAGCGACAACCAUACAGUCGCUGUCGUGUCUCACGGAGUCAUCCUGUCUGUCAUCUGGCGAACACUGAAACAAAUGCGUGUCCCACCAUGCUCGUCUUCUAGCUCUCAUGGUAUCCCGGGAGACCCUUUGGUUAUGUGGUCAAACACAGGUUACCUGGAACUCGAUCUUAGCAUGGCAAUGGCCACUGACCAGAACCGGACGGCCUUAUCCAACCUUGAAAUAUCCGUGUUGGCCAUUAACAGUCGUCAGCAUCUAACUAACUUGAAGCGCACUCGGGGCAUCGGCAACUCCAAACACGACCCAAAACAACAAAAGCUGGAAUCUUUUUUUCACCGUCGACAAUGA